CGUCUGUCAUGUAGGAACCUCGGCUAGCAUCUGGCGAAGUGUAGGAAUAAAAAUGGACACAUAUUUUAUUUAAAUCAGAUGCCCUGCAAGUUCUCUAUAAAGUAAGAGUUGUGGGAACAAUGGUGAAGUAUUUCAGCUGUGCUGGUGUUUUGAAAAAUUCAUGGGACCAAGUCUCUCUUGCAUUUUGGCAAAGAUAUCCCAACCCAUACAGUAAUCAUGUGUUGACUGAAGACAUCAUCUUUCGGGAGGUGACUCCUGACAACCGGCUCAUUUCCAGACGUCUCCUGACCAAAACCAGCCGAGCGCCUCGUUGGGCAGAGAAGUUUUUGCCUGUCCACAUGGCACGCUCAGCGUACAUCAUUGAGGACUCAAUAGUGGACCCUCAGCAAAGGACCAUGACCACGCUCACCUGGAACAUUACCCACGCGCGUCUCAUGUCUGUGGAGGAACGCUGUUUGUACACAGUGAACCCUGACAAUAACAACUGGACAGAGAUUAAGAGAGAGGCCUGGAUCUCAUCCAGUCUGUACGGUCUCACCAGAGCUAUUCAGGAAUUUGGCCUCGCAAGGUUUAAGAGCAGUGUCACAAAAACCAUGAAAGGGUUUGAAUAUGUUUUGGCCAAAAUGCAAGGUGAGACCCCCUCCAGAACACUGGCUGAAACUGCGACUGAGAAGGCCCGUGAGACAGCGCUAGCUGCCAAAGAGAAAGCGAAGGACCUAGCCUCCCAGGCUCACAAAAAGCAAUAUGUAUGAGAUAUGGCAGUGGCAUUUCAGACAGUGACCCCAGCAGUGUGUAUCCAUGGUAACCAAGCUCUUGGAGAUAGGACUGGGGGGCUUGGGUAUCAGUAAGUUUUGAAGAUAUGAUUCUUAAACCAAUCAGUCCAUUCAAUCAGUCAAUUAAGCGCUGAGAGAAUAAAAAGCAUUUAUGAGUGAGUUUGUCUUCCUCUGCGUGAAAAUACACCUCACCAGUCCAGUGCUGUUUCUCGACCUUUGUGCUCCUAAACUUCAACCAUAGCAUAAUUUGUCUGAAAUUACUACAGAAACAUAAAACUUUGAACCUAGCUUAUUAUUUUGAUUUGCCGAUGUUUUGCGUCUUAAGUUUCUGAGUCUAAACAUUUGUUUUAAAUCUUGAUUUAACUCCCAUACAACUCCUCAAAGAAUCAAAUCUGAUAACCGUUCAAUGCAUUCUUGCUGGGCUGUAAUCCGCAUUCAUUAUAAGUUUUCAUUGCUUCAAAUUGAAGUUAUAAGUGUUGAUGGGUCCACGUUAUCAGCGGUCAUUUCCUGUGUGAUUUUAUGUACUGCCUAAGUGCCCUGACGUUGGCACUUAAAAACGCUUGAAUGAAGGGAUUGCAGUGGACAGCAAUGCCUGUUAAUGCCCGUGUUAAAUAUUGGACAUUUUAAGAAAUCACUCAAAAGUAUGUAAAACAAUGUACAAUGAAAUCUAGCGCAGCAACAUUUACUUCUUGACAAUAAAUAUUUUCUAUCAAA